GCGGCGGGCUCGGCGCCGGGAGCGGCGGGCGGCAGGCCGGGAGCCGACAGAUUGAAAACCUAGAAUGGCAGGGGAACAGAAACCAUCCUGCAAUCUUCUAGAGCAGUUUAUUUUACUGGCCAAAGGUACAAGUGGCUCAGCUCUGACUGCUCUUAUAAAUCAAGUGCUGGAGGCUCCUGGGGUUUAUGUCUUUGGAGAGCUGUUGGAGUUAACAAACGUGCAGGAGCUCGCCGAAGGGUCCAAUGCUGCUUAUUUCCAGCUGCUGAACCUGUUUGCGUACGGAACGUACCGAGACUAUGUAGCAAACAAAGACAACCUUCCUGAACUAACAGUGACUCAGACGAACAAGCUGAAGCACUUGACGAUCGUAAGCCUGGCGUCCCGAAUGAAGUGCAUUCCCUAUUCUGUGUUGCUGAAGGACCUGGAUAUGAGGAAUCUGAGGGAGUUGGAAGAUCUGAUUAUUGAGGCGGUUUAUACAGAUAUUAUCCAGGGGAAGUUGGAUCAGCGAAACCAGGUGUUAGAGGUGGAUUUUUGUAUUGGUAGAGACAUUCAGAAGAAGGACAUCAGUAACAUUGUCAAAACACUCCAGGAAUGGUGCGAUGGUUGUGAGGCAGUUCUUUUAGGAAUUGAGCAGCAAGUACUCAGAGCCAACCAGUACAAAGAGAACCAUCACAGAACUCAGCAGCAGGUAGAGAUGGAGGCCACAAACAUGACAUUUGCCCAGUACGAGCAGAUUGCACCUUUCUUGAUACAUUUUUAUAAAUUUAGGGUAGGUGACUGAACUAACUGUUGUCUACAUUGAUUUGUGUGGAAAACUGUGCUUUCAGCACAAGGCUUUAAUACAAUUCUGUUCCUUUCCGACAAGGCAGCUAGUAAGGAAAAAACAAACCAGUUCUCUUUGUUUUGCACCUGAAAGUGCAAUUAACAAAAAUCUCUCGAGGCUCGUUGCCUUUGCAGAACGUGCCCCCGGCAGCUCCCCCGGGGGUCGGGGUGGCCCGGCCGGGCCCUGCGCGCUCCCGCCCGUAGGUGGCAGCACGAGCCCGCGGUCCGGCCCGGCCCGAGCCACCAAACCCACCUAAAGCCGCGGGGAAGGUGGGAACGGGGCCUCCCGAGGCACCGGAUCAGGGCUUAUUUCUUGCCAAGGGCUACAUCCCUGCAGGUUUAUGUUUGCGUGUGCUUGGAGGCACACAUAGGACGUUGGGUUUGCCAAAUGCCUUUGGCCUGGUGUUGGUGCACCUGACUCCCAAACCUUGGGGGUUUUUUUUAGAGAUUUGCUCAUUGUAUUUGUAGUGAGCCCUACAGAGUUCCAGGGGACAGAGGAUGGUUCCUGGUGAUGUAUCUCUCCUUUUCAGCUAGAGUAGCAGAAACAUUACUGCUGCCUCCCAUGAAACCAAUUUCUGUUCCUGCUUCUAGCCAGCCAGCCAGGUCAAAUGGCAUUUUCCCUUUUCAAGUGCUGUCCUAAGAGCAAAUUUUUCUUUCGCAGUCUCCUUUCACCUUCUGCUUCUGGCCAACAAAAAGGUAGAAUGGCUACCUUCUGCACCGAGGCAGUAGUAGGUCCCUCCAGCCAGAAAGAAAGGUGGUACAGUAUUGUGCCAUUGUCUCUUAGGAAAAAAAUAAGGAAUCCCCAGUUACUCUGUAUUUGACCCAGACUGGAAAUAUUAACAGCUCUGGCUGUAAUUGAGGAUGAAACAUUAAUAAAGUCAAAUGCAGAGCA